CUCUCCAUGAAAUAGACGCAGCAGCAGGGCAUCAGCUACAAAACCAAUCCCUCUAUAUCCUGUGCUCAAACAACAACCGUCGUCCCCUGGCUUCGUUGACAAGCCAGGGCAGAUUUCAAUGCCCAUGCCAUGUUCGAAGAAGAAAAAAUACGCGCUCCCCCAGAGAUAUUAUUGCCGCGCAGCUCCAGCAUACCCACCAAAAUGGUCCAGGCAGCCGUCGGAGUGAAUGCGGGCAAAGGUUGGAGCGAACGUCAGGAGUCUACGUUGAAACUCUUUAGGUGUUUUGUACAGAAGCGACCGGAUGGGGGUAUAAUUCGCUCGAGAACAAUGAGAAAAACCAUGUCGCUUUCUUUCACAAAAAGACGGCAAUCAAUCCGGCGGUCUAUAGCGUGCGAGAAAAAAGCAAGGUGGAAUCAAGGCGCGUCUCGGACAAGCUUUGGUCUGUUUCGUUGGCAGGAAGACUGCUUGAAUCGGCGGCGCUUGCAAUCGAAGAAUGGUCCUAAUUGGUUUUCGCCGGAUGAGUAUGAAAGAAUUGUAAAACCAAGGUCGGCCAGGUUCAAUCGCGAAAGAAACGUGGCCCGUGUCAAAACAGGCCACAAAAAUGCAGGAUAAACUCCGUCCAUGCAAAUGAUCGUUAAGGGCGUGAAUGGAAUCCUUCAAGACCCAGUUCAGGUCUUGACAUGAUUAGAGGUGAGAGUAUUGGUGGUGUUGAUAAAACCGGCAAAUGAUGGCCGCGAAAAGCCUCCUGUGGGUUGCCAUUACCGAUGAUCGCGUUCGUGGUCUGAGGCUGAAGCAAGAGUGUC